AGUUCUUAACAGCAUAUGGAGUUAAACAAUAAACCAUUUGGUAUCAUUGUUAUUACCUCAUCGGUAAAAUAUAAUAACUAUAUCUGACGUUUGAGUUUGCGUUUAAGGUGUUUAUUAGCAGUGUUAUAGAAUUAACCCAUCGAUAUAAGUUAGCAUUUGUGACAUUUAAAUUAUGGAUAUAGUAAGCUUAUAGGACAGGCCUACACAAUUAUUCCAGGCAGACCAAAGUGUAAUAAUAAUAAUCUUUAAGUCGAGUGUUUUACUUUUCCUGCAUACAUGCUCAUAUUUGUAUUUGAUUAGUUCUUCUCAAUCCAAAUGCAAAGGAACAUUUUGCUUUACAAAAUGCUUACGUCUUGAGAGCAAGUUUUGCAAGGUGAAGUCCAGCUUUGAACAACAGUACACAGAGUAUGGUCUCUCUAAAGUUUAGGGAUAUACAUUAUAUUACCGUUCCCCUUUCUUAUGUGACGCGACACACACACAGAGGAGCUUUGAGGCGGAGCUGUUUGAAUGUUGUGUUAAGGAAACGCCCAGGAAAUUUACGCAACCACGCAUUGUUCGCAUUCCUCCUCCCAAAUCUGGUAUAAACACCAGGAGACGCCUUGAAACAGAUAGCGGAUAGUUUUCAACAGGGCAAGAGCUUUGGGAUACUCUUGUGGCACACGCCUGCAGAUACAUUAAUUUAGCAAUGACAAUUAAAACAGAUUCUGCUGGAUCGGCUUUAACUUACACAAAAAUGAGGGGAGUUGCUGUAAUACUUAUCGCUUUUAUGAAACAAAGAAGGAUGGGUCUGAAUGACUUUAUUCAGAAACUUGCUGCAAACUCCUACUCCUGCAAGCACCCCGAAGUCCAGUCUAUUCUUAACCCCAACCCACCACAUGAACCUGAACUCAUGAAUGACAAUACAUCACCUCCGCCCAGCCCUUCUCAGCAGAUCAACCUUGGGCCAUCCUCGAACCCCCAAGCUAAACCAUCUGACUUCAAUUUCUUAAAAGUAAUAGGCAAGGGCAGCUUUGGAAAGGUUCUCCUAGCAAGACACAAGAGCGAUGAGAAAUUCUAUGCAGUUAAGGUCUUGCAGAAGAAAGCAAUCCUUAAGAAAAAAGAGGAGAAGCACAUCAUGUCAGAGCGUAAUGUCCUUCUAAAGAACGUGAAACACCCUUUCCUGGUUGGGCUCCACAAUUCCUUCCAGACAGCAGACAAACUGUACUUUGUCUUGGACUACAUCAAUGGAGGAGAGCUGUUCUAUCACCUCCAGCGAGAACGCUGCUUCCUGGAGCCCAGAGCCAGGUUUUACACUGCAGAGAUUGCUAGCGCGCUUGGCUACCUGCACUCUUUAAACAUUGUUUACAGAGACCUGAAGCCUGAAAACAUACUGCUUGAUUCUCAAGGACACAUUGUGUUGACAGACUUUGGCCUGUGCAAGGAAAAUAUUGAACCCAACGGCACCACAUCAACAUUCUGCGGAACACCAGAGUAUUUGGCCCCUGAAGUUUUGCACAAGCAGCCCUAUGACCGAACAGUUGACUGGUGGUGUCUCGGUGCUGUACUGUAUGAGAUGCUGUAUGGACUGCCACCAUUCUACAGCCGGAACACUGCUGAGAUGUAUGACAACAUUCUGAAUAAGCCCCUGCAGCUGAAACCAAACAUCUCUAACUCUACCAGACACCUUUUGGAAGGUCUCCUACAGAAAGACAGGACCAAACGACUUGGUGCAAAAGAUGACUUUAUGGAACUCAAGAACCAUGUAUUCUUCUCACCAAUUAGCUGGGAUGAUCUGAAUGCUAAGAAGCUCACACCUCCCUUUAAUCCCAACGUGACCGGUCCAAAUGAUUUGCGGCACUUUGAUCCCGAGUUCACAGAUGAGCCUGUCCCCAGCUCCAUUGGUCGGUCUCCAGACAGCGCCCUUAUGACUGCCAGCAUCAAAGAGGCAGCAGAAGCAUUUCUGGGAUUCUCCUAUGCCCCAUCUAUGGACUCUUACCUGUAAACGAACAAAUAUUAAUUGAAACUGAAACUGACGGAUUGGUCAUGCUUCAUGCCCACCAGGUAGAAGCAAUUUGCACAUCUUUUGAGGCAGCCUUGUGGCCUUCAGUUUGGCUGGACGAAGAUUUCAAAGAGCACAAGAUGUUUCUUCUUUGGACUUGAUCCCAAGAUAACUGGUGCUGUCUUCCUGGGUGCAAUCGUCACUGUGUCUCCCGCACCAGGGAAACCUGUUAACAAUGAGCUUUUUGUGGAAUUUGAAUGUGUUGCAAGAGGAGAUCUGCUAUGUGCCUUUUUUCUUGACAAGGUCUGAAAUGUGUGUUCUGCAGAGUGAGUUGUCUGUUUUUUGGAUUCGUUGGAACUAAUGUUAUGGGUGUGGCGUGUGGACUAGGUCAUUGUGUUCACUGGGUUGAACAUUAAACCAACUUUUAAAAUGGACUGACACUACAACUUGUGGGCAUUGCUUGUUUAUUCCAAAUUUGGAAUAUGAGAAAUUGCUGUAGAUUAAUUAUUGUUUUAAAACCUUAGAUCGCCAGCUGAUCCAGAAAUAAAAUUGGUAACAAUCUACAAAAUGCUUGGAAAAGCAUUGCUGCUAAAUGUAAUGUUUGUGUAAUAUAUAAAUGUUUCUGUACCAAAACUAUAAUAAAAUGCCCCCUCUGCAGUCCCAGUCUUUCACCGUUUUUAUAUGUGUAUGAAUAUGUUGUGAAAUGGGCAUUAUAUAUUUGACAUUCCAUAUUACAUUGUAAAGUUUCUGUAUAUUUUGGAGUCACUGAACUAGUUGUAACAUAUAUUUAAAAAGUGUAAGGAAGCUUGCAAGUAACUAUGUUCCACUGCAAUGUACUGUAAUUUUAAUUGUUUGUUUUUUUUUUUUUUU